UGCAGUCACAGGGUUUAUUUAACACGUACUUCACAUCCACCCACACACACUCAUUUAACCAGCAGCGGAGCCUGCAUACAUCUCCAGCUCACAACACCAGACAGUGGAACUCCAACCAGUUCAGCUACUUUUCAGUUCUUAAUUCAUGGGAAAUACGUGUGGACUUUGAUGAGAAAGUGAAGGAUUUGUUUUUUUACUUUUAUAUAUUCGUUUAAAUCAGCCGUUUUUACACGUCUGUAAGACAUAAAGUCUGAAAUGGAUAGGAUUACCAGUGCGCAACCUCCUCCAUGUAUAACCAAACACGCUCCGAUGGAUCAUAUCUCUGACAUGCAAGGAAUGGAUUUCCCCAUGUACGUGUAUAAACAGCGGCGGGGAAUGAAGCGCAGCGAGGACAGUAAGGAUACAUACAAAUUGCCACAUCGACUGAUCGAGAAGAAAAGGAGGGACAGAAUAAACGAGUGCAUCGCGCAGUUAAAGGAUUUGCUGCCCGAACACCUUAAACUCACUACUCUGGGACACUUGGAGAAGGCUGUUGUGCUGGAACUGACACUCAAGCAUGUGAAAGCUCUUAACAACCUGCUGGAGCAGCAGCAACAGAAAAUUAUUUCCCUGCAAAGUGGAAUGCAAAUAGGUGAGCAAGGCAAUGGGCCCUUGGAAAACAGUGAGGAAAUGUUUCGUUCCGGGUUCCAUCUGUGUGCCAAAGAGGUCCUGCAGUUCCUGGCCAACCAGGAGACCGUGCGCGAUCUGACGCCCACUCACAUAAUCAACCAUCUGCACAGAGUGGCGUCGGAGCUCAUACAAAGCCCGCCAAGCCCCUGCCCCUCCGAGCCCGCUCCCAAACUCCAGGAGAACCGGGAGAAACCAGCAGGUGUGCAGCCAAAAUCCAUGGAGGGUCAUGCUAAAAACUGCGUUCCUGUUAUUCAAAGGACUUAUCCCCACAGCAGCGAGCAGAGCGGUAGCGAUACUGAUACUGAUAGCGGUUAUGGGGGAGAACUGGAGAAACGUUACCCGAAAGCCCAGCGGCCGGUCUGCUACGGCAAAGACGGUGACGUCAAGUACGGCCUGGCAGAGAGAAUGGGCGGCAGCAUUAAAGAGGAAUUAGACGAGCCGCAGGCAAAGCGGCAGAGGUCCGACUCUUCUGAAGAUGAGUCUCUUUCGGGGCACGAGGUGGUGGGAGGUCACAGUCCCUACGUCAGCUUUUCUCCACACCAGCCGCCUCUUUGCAUGCCGUUCUACCUCUUUCCUAACGGCACGGCGGCGUACCUGCCGAUGCUGGAGAAGUGUUGGUACCCGGGUGCCAUGCCCGUAUUGUACCCGGGCAUGGGUGGGUCCUCCAGCGGGUUGUCUCCGGAGAAACUCCCUUCAUCCCUGGUUAUGUCCUCGAGAGUGGGUUCUCCAGUCACCUCCCCGACCCCUAUGGACUCUCCUGCACUCCUGCAGGCUCUUAAACAAGUCCCACCCUUAAACCUAGAAACCAAAGACUGAGGACCCGCUCUCUGAAUGUUUUGGUCUUGCAAAGUGGACUUUCCUGCUGAAUAAGCUCUCCGAGAAGGUUGGGUUGACAAUGGGCAAAGUUUAAAAAAGCACCCUCAACCUCAGCCAGCAGCUGUUCAGAUCCUUUCAGAAGUAUGACGGCCUCAUAAACACGCGCACACACUCUUAUCAGUCAACUGGCUAGCUCCCUCCUCAACCAGCGUACACAGACCCUGAGACGGAAAGGACAACCAAAGUCCAUGUGGACAGUUUACGAGGCCCCGUGUAAAGCACUGUGAUACACUGUGAAGAAGGUCAAACGAUGAGCUCUGGGCGAGCGGCUUAUCUCUGCACUUACGUCGAAUGUUCCAAUUCAAAAUACAAAACCCCCGGAAUGUGACGUGCAGACGAUCCCCCCAACGUUAAGGACUUUGCCCUUUGCACAAGCACCUUUUCAUUUGUUGAAUGUAAAAUAAGUCAUUUUAACAUCCCCCCUGUAGAUGCUGCUUUGGACAUAGCUGUGCCGCGGAAGCUAGGACAAGACGCUUCUGUUUCUGCUUUAAGCAUAAGAAUCAUCUUUCUCGACUGCAAUGCUACCAAACAUCUCCUUGUUUUUGUCGACCGGAGCUCAGUCGUAAAACUCACCCCGUGACCUGUCGUAUCCCAAACGGACACACUCGAGGUUUUUUUAUGAAGAGGUAAACUCCAUCAGACGUGACGCUCGUGUAUAUACAGGAGUAAUAUAAUCACGACUACAUUGUAGCUUUUGAGUUGGUCAUCGUGCACCUAGGAGAAGUUGUUGUGAGGUGACUGCAUUGUGUAAUUAUUUUGUUUAUACUACUUGUACAUCUGUAUUUUUGAUACGUGACCCACCAAUUUUCGUUUGAGAGGUGUGUUUUAGACAGCCGACGCGCUGUAUGCCAUGAGAUUGUGUACGUAUAGCUUUGGACCUAGACUCGAUCUGCAUCACGUGUGUUCAUUUCUGGUCGAAUGAAGGCAGGUCUUUGUUCAUACUGUUGCCUUUACCUGUUUAAAGCAGUAAACGUGAUAUCUGCAUCGCCAGACAUCUGCAUUUGUAAUCCUGGUUUCAACAUAGAAGCAAACGAAAGUGAAUGUAAUGUUUUAAACAAUAUAUUAGUUUUGUAUAGGAAGAGGUACUUGGGAUUUUUAUUUUGGGACCUAACUGAAGGUUGCUUGAUGUAUAUAUUUUUGUCUAAAGUAUUGUUGACAUACAUAAAGAAAAAAGUAUUAAUAAAGCUCCUUUUCCUGUGGAAA